AGGAGCUACUGCCAGGCAGACAUACCCGUGCAGUCACAAUAAUUUGUUUCACUGUGUUCUUCGACACCUCAUGCGGGCGCAAUGGCGCGCCUUGUGAUCGGACUGACGCUUAUGGCGCUGCUGGCGCUGGUCGUGCUGCUGGUCGGGCAACCGUUUGCAAAGCCUGGGCUCGGGCUGGCGGCGACGAUUAAUCUGGAGGAGAUUGCUGGCGCACACGACGCACACGCUGAAGUUCAGGACCCACACGCCAGCGAGGGUGCGGAUGAUGAUGCAAACAACACCAGCGAAGUUGAGGAGGGUCAUGCAGACGACGGCCACGAAGAUAGCGAUCAUAAAGGUGGCGACCAUGGAGAUGGCGCCCACGAUAUCUGCCACGAAGUUUCUGACCUUGGAGAUGACACGACUACGGAGCAGGACAGCGCUCACAGGAGGCAAUCGGGGGGCGGCCACGACGAGGAGGUCGAUCCCACCAGCUGUGUCGUGAUGCUUGUACUCUUCGGCAGCCUGGUCAUGUCGGGGGGGAGGGAGGCACCCGUGCGAGCGGUAAACCGACUCGAGUGAGCUGGCACGAAGACGCUUCGCAGUGCACCAACAGCUGCGGCCGGAGCCAAAACUGAAGCGCACAGAAAAUGGGAUGGGGAGGCACCCGUGCGAGCGGAAAACCGACUCGGGUGAGCUUGCUCGAGAGCGAUUCGCAGUGCACCAACAGCUGCGGCCGGAGCCAAAAUUGAAGCGCAUAGAAAGUUGGAUUGGCCCACCCUGCAGGUUGGGAACACACCGACUUGGUGCUGUUCGUCAACCGACAUACGAUUGAGAGGAACUUGUGGCAUUAUGAGCACACAGUGCUCGUCGAGGUGGUGCUCAACAUCUUGUUCCUCUCUUGUGUUGUCCCAGUGUGGGCCCAUCAUUUGAUUCAUGCCGCUGAAAAGGAUCGAGCAUACCACAAGGCUUGCACUGAUGCGGAGGCGAAGAGCGAGACGCAGUACAUGCUCAUCCGCAGCCUUUUGUGGAAGCUGUUCCUCUCGUGCUGCUCUGUUUGGAGAAGAUGCUCGUUCUGCAAAGGUCGCAGAGCAAACACCUGACUGAACGGAGCUCUAUCGUAUGUUUUCACUGCGCGCCUCUUCGGUUAUGCCCCAGAGAAAGUUAUUCCGGCCGGCCUGUGCAUCCCCCCGCACAAGCCGUAAGACAGCGCGUUUUUCGAAUGGUCGUUGCAAUAAUAAUUCGGUCUCGGUGUGCCCUGACUGUAUUCGAAGUCGCCGCCCUCCACCUCCCUCUUCCUCCUCCCCCUUUCUCCGUCACCCUCCUUCCUGCUGGAGUGUCAUUUUCAUGGGAGCGGCAUUCCGCCAGUUUACAUCAACAUAGUUG